AAAUAUUUGUGACCGUCAGACGCCGACGGUGAUUCUCCUUUGUUCCCUUUUGCAUAGUUUUUUAACAGUUGAAUACAAGUAUCACCGACAGGGCAAGAAAAACAGACUAGUUGAUCUAAUCGAUAAUUAUAAAUAAUCAGAACUGAAUAACGAUGGGAAGGCCUAGAGUGAUAGGUGCACACCUGGGGAAGGAGAUUGGCAACAGGGUCACCCUCUUCGGGAUGAUCAAAGCGGUGAGCUCAAACCAGACGAAUGUUGAACUGCUGACCCCAGACAACAUUAAAGUCAAUGUAUCCCUCCCUGAACCCUUCACUGGGCUCCCUGAAGGUGGGAUGGAGGUCUUUGGGAUUGUUAAAUCAAAGUCGACGAUCAGUGCUGAUGGCUAUGUCUACCGCACACCAAUCGAACUUGAGAAGUUUGAUCCCGAGGCGUACCAGGACUACCUGAUACUCGUGAACAUCAUGAUUGGACAGGAUGAGAACAUUCAGGCUGCCUUCCGUACCUUUUAAGCUCACAUAAGCAUACUCAACUCUAAAUAUUCGAUAAGAAUUAUUUUUUCAUCUGAUUAAUCGUUAAUAAACACUAAUAGAAUAUUGUACGAA